AUGGGGAACAGCAGCAGCCGCAGCGGCAGCUCGCUGUCGCACACCGCCGUCGGUGGCAGCAGCCACCGUCGACGCAGCCGCGACUCACAGGUGAGGGAGAGGCCAGCCUUGAGGCCUCUAUCCGCAGGUGAAAACGUAUCGGCCGUAACGAGUGCCACUGCGGCGAGUUCUCGCGUCGCGGCUUCUUCCCUCUUGGCAGGUAGUGCUUCGCCAACGCGCGGGCAGCACAGAGACGCCGCGGCAGAGGCCUUGACGGCGUCGGCCGGGACGCAGGACAAUCACCUCGUCAGCCCCGUCUCCUCAACGCACCAGCACGGGCUGCUCUCUCUCUCGUCGCUGCCGACCAAGGGCGUCGUGCCUUCACCGGCGCGUGCGACUGCUGCUGCCGUCACGGUGUCUCAGCACUCCAUAGGCGAAAGGGGACACCCACUAAGAGACUCCCGAGGAAGAGACAGGUCAUGUGAUGCAGAGUUGUCGCUGCAGCAGCGCCACCACCAGCAGCAGCGGAACAAGGACUUCGACUUGGCUGUGAUCGACGCCCCAAACUCUUGUCAAGCACACGGAGAUGACGAAAACGCCAACGGUGGCGCUGCUCGGAGAGGGUCAGUGGUGAGUGUGCAUCGCGCACGCUCAUCUUCGACGCUACAGGCGGCAACCGAUUCUGCGGCACCACUGCCGCUCACAACUCUGCUGAGUCUGGAAGAUACCCACCUCGCCGCUACCAAGGUAAGCACGGCGCCGACUCCAGCCGGCGGUCACACGCGAGGGACCGUGUCCAUGAAGCGCGGGGGCGACACCGAGGUCAACAUGAACGAGCACAACACUGACUCCUCGCAAGUCUGCCGCGCCGUUUCGCCGUCAACUUUGAUUCGGGAGAGUAGGUUGCCGCUUGGGUCUCCGGCCUUCUCAUGCCCGCCGUCGACGGCGGCGUCACCGCCGCCUGUGGGCCGGGCAGCCCGUUCCACCAACGUGCCGUGUCAUCCGUCGUCGACGACGACGAGCACCGCCACGCCUCAGCAGCCAGACGAGCCUCUCAACUUGGGCGUCAAGGGUGCCGUUGGCCGCGGCAGCUGCAACAGUAAGUCUGACCUCAAGUCCAAGCCUGAGGGCGCAGGCGAUGGUCGCAGUGAACGCGGCGGCUUCUGGCGUAGGCAGUCACGCAAUCUCUUAUUUCGCAAGCUCCUCUCUCGGUCUGGCUCUCGUGCAGAGCGGCCGUCGUUGCCGUCCCGCCCCACGGCGGCCGAAGACGGAGGCAGCGCACGAGGCACCACAGCGGAGUUCACUGCUGAGGAAGGUUCGUUCUGCCGCAGCGACAUCACGACAAAGGCUGUGUACCAGCGCACCUCGCCUGCGCAGCGUGCCCAUGACGUGCGGUCAACUGCAUCUGCAGCGGUGGCCACGCAACCAAGAUCCUCUUCACCAUCGUCGCCGUUCCCCGCCGUCGCCGCCGCGGCGACGGGAACUGGGCUUGCUGUGUCGAGGCCACUGACCUCGUCGAUGACGGCGCAGAGGGUUUCCGCGUUUCAGUCCCCGGCUGCCGGGGGACAUUCAGUUGGGCGUACAACGGUCGCCCCGAGGGUGGACGAUGCGCGCAGCCCCAGGAGUGGCUCGAGGAGCCCUCGCUGUGCUGACGACGUGUCGGGACCGAAGCCGAGUGGGGAGAAGUGCCACGAAGCACUGCCGCGAGGUCUUCCAGUUUCCAAAGGAACACCGCACUUUCUCCAGGUGGUACCAGGAGAACAAGUGGGGCGUCAGGACAGCAAGGAGAGCGACUCGACAACGCCGACGGCUUCUUUCGCAGAAGCGGUUUGGGGCACGCGGCGAGCCGCCACGCCAGCAACCUCUAAGACGGCCACCGACAACACAAGCCUCUUCUCCGACGAUGACCACGAUAAUGACCACGACAGCGACUGUCUCACCGCCGCCGCAUCGCCAUCGUCGGUAUACUACUCGCUUCACCAGCAGCCGCGGCAACUGAAGGCUCCCGGCGUCCUUGGUGCCGGCUCAUCAUCCAUCACUACUGUGACGGACACGACGGCGCGAGUAUCGCCACGGUCGCCUUUCGUCUCACCUCUCACAGCCGUCGCAGCGGCAGAGAGCGGCGGUUCAGCUGCCGCGGCGGCGUUUUCGUCUUCGGCAGCCACGGCCGAUGCGUGUUUGAGAGGCCGCCGGUCGGUGAGUCAGUCUGCUAUCAUCGCGGCGUGGAAUCGACUGGGCGCCCGCACAGGCGCCCCUGUGAGUGGCGUUGGCGCGGGCGGAGGCCAUCACGGCGGGGUUGAGAGCCCCGAGCCAUCGGCAGAGGCGCUGCAGAUGUCGUCCGUGCCGGGAAAGUCACUUGCCGUUGCCGGCGAUAGUAUUGGUGGCGAUGAUGAGUUGGCAACCUCGGCAGUACCUGCGAGCAGGGACACUCAGCUCGCUCGGGUGCCGACUGCUGCGGCAGCUGAGGUGGCAACAGACGAAGCACCGUCUUUCCGUCAUCAGUGCACCGUCGCCGGCCAUCAGGAAGCAGGCAACCGCGGCUCCUCGCGCCGCUCUUGCGCCGGCGUCGCUUCCGUGCUGCCGAUUCGGGGCCGCUCCGUCACAACGCGUCAGCGGGAACCACCUCCGCCUUUCUCUCCUUCGCCGGAGAACAGCGAGCCCAGCGAUGCCGUGCCCCAGCCGCUCUCUGCCCUCGGUCAGCUCUCCAUCCGUGAAGGCGCACCCGCGGCGGGCCAUCCUGCAUCACCGCCCGCGCCCACUAAGGCCGUGAAUGACAUCGCUCAUGGUUGGGUGGUAGCACCGCCGCAGGAGCUACAUCGGCCGCCAAGGGUGCGAAUAAAGUACAAGGAGGAGGCGCCCUCCGCGAGCAGGGCAUCGCCUCUCACGCGUGAGCUCCCUGCCAGCUUGCACACCUCCACCGCGACUUCAACUGCCAUCGCGACGCAGUGGCCGUCGUCACAAGAGAGUCGGGGGAGCGAUACCAGCCUAUCGACUGCGCAGUCGCUACAGGUGGGCAUCCUUGUCCCCGUAAACGUCGAGGAUAGAAGAAGUGGCGGGGGCUUGGUGGAGGAGCGGGAGCGUCUGUUGGCGCACCGCACGACGGCAUACGACGAGGAAAUGAUGUCCGAAACAGCCACGACCGUCGACGCGGAUGAGGAGGAUCGAGCUAACGAGGAAGGUGGUGCGGCGGAGAGGCACGCCGCGCCACGAAGUCCUCAGUCGCUCGCUCAGCACCAACUCCAGCGGCAGCCAAUCGAGGCGCUCCCGCACCGGGCAUCCACCCCUAGGUUCACAACAACGCGCACUACCGUGGCUGCCAACAGUGCUGCGCCUGACCUGCUGUCGGCUCAUUACAACGACCAACAGCACUACUCUCCGCCGCAUCGCAUGACGAGCGGCACCUUCUUCGCACCGAGCACGAGCGGGGCAGCUGCGUGUGGUGCCAUUUUAUGGGUGCACAGCAGCCCUUCCUCGCCGCGAUCGUGCAACACAAGCGACUCGCGUCUGGAGGCGGCGAGAGGCGCACAGAACGUAGAGGACGAGGAGGACAGCAUCGAAGAGGUCGGCCUGAGGCGCACGCGCGAUAGCGCGGAUGCGCGCCGUCGAUUGCACAGGUCCGGGGAUGAACAUGCGAAGCGCUUCGUCGGGCUCGAUGUGAGCCCCUUCAACCGGAACUACUCGUCUCCUUCAGUAUUCGCUCCUCGACGCGACUCCACCGGCUUCAACGCUAUGGCGGCCGCUACUCGCGGCGGCGGCGGGACACAGCGGGCGGCUCUGGUGCGCAGCAACAGCUACCAGCCGCUGUCUCGGCGCUCGCAGCUAGAGCCGACGCACAAUACAUCGCUCUUGUCCUCGACAGCGCGGGCUAUGCCGCGGUGGAGAGAGCGGUGGACCCCGACGCCGCAGCCGACCUCGCCACUUUCUUGGAGUGCCGCGGGAGAUGACAUCGGCGGCACCGCCAGUGGACUCCUGUCCACCCCGCGAGGUCGGCGAGGACUAACCUCGCAGGGAGCGCCUCCACUUGCACGCCAACCAAGUGCGCAUCUCCAUUAUCCACUGCCGCCUCCGAUCUCGGCGGUGUUGUCACACGUGCCACAAUAUCUUCGGCGCGAGAUCUCUGGCAGCCUGGGCAGCGUGCGGUGGCAGGAGGUGAGUCUGCACACCAGUGGUGGGCGAGCCUCACCGAACCUUGGCUUUGCCGGUAGCAGCAGAGACAACGACGACACGCCGCCGCACUGCGAUGCUCUGGGCGACGACGAGGAGGAUCUCGACGCCGUGGUAAACGAGGAUGACGGUGAGGACGGCGGCGACGAUGGGGCGCAGCGGCGCCAAGGCUGCCCGGUCAGUGGCGCGGUCGGUGAAGACACCGGAGACGACGGUAAUGACACCUUUCUCUGCUUGGAGAGCAGCGAGGCGCCGACGUCGGGCAUGGCGACGUUGCAGACAUGGCAUCGCGACGACGCCGACGACGACGAUGAGGAGGACGACAAAGGCGAUACCAGCGAGAACGGCGCAGGGAGCUGCAGCAACGGUGAAGUUUGCAGUGACGGCAGGCACUGUCUGCGGUUGCCGCAGCGUCACCGCUGCCGCCGACCCGUGACUCUGCCUUCGGCGAGCACGCAGCUACCCACGCUGCAGCCGCAGGAGUCGUGCAACGUUGGCGGUGCGUCUCGCGAGUUUGAUCCCUCGACGCCGUCCGAGCAGGGCAUCUCGCCGUCUCGCACCGGCACGCGGACCUUUGGCGACGCCAUCGUCCGCCUCCCACAGACUCGCUACGAGCCGCCGAUGCCGUCGAAUAGAAACACGUUCACAGCCUUCGUGCACUUGUCGGACAUCUCCUCUUCGCAGCUGCUCGCCACGGCAGCGGCGGGGUUUCAGUGCGGCCCCGAUGCGCACCUCCGCGGUGUAUCCACAAGGGUGCACGGCGAUGAGGCGGCGGCGGCGACGUCGGAGGACGCUGGUGACGCUGUUCGCCGAGCGGGGCCCCACGCGCACACGCCAGCCACCGCCGCCACGCUAAUCCUGAACAACUACGCCUUGCGAGGGGCGCACCUCGCCGACGGCGCUGGUGUCGGGACACACGUUGUGGAUGCGACGGGCGGCGCGCUGCCUAUUAGUCCGCUCAACUCUUCUUUGGGCACCGCCCCGACGGACCACAUCUCGCGAGCCGACACACCUGCGCUGGUGGCAGUCCACGGCGCCGUGGCCAGGCGAACCUCGCAAGGCGCAGAGGCCGAAGCGGCGAGCACAAGGUCUGAGUCGCCCGGCUCGCUCUCCUGCGGUACACCGCCGAAGUUGAGACGCCUCACAAAGGCCCCGCAGGGGCUGAAUCACGCUGCUGCCGCCAUCGCCGCCGCGGCGGUCGGCUUGGAUGGGAGCAGUGGUGGCUUUGAUGGUGACAACGAUGCAGGCAGCGACGACCUGUCAGUGCCAGCGGCGCAGCCGGGAGCCACGUCGCCGCGAACAUCGUGGAGCCUGGAGUCGAGAGCCAGUGCCGCCCCCGUGUCUGAGGGGGAGCGGCAUGCGUUGUCGGACGAGGAGAGGCCGUGGCUUGACGUCUUUGGGCACUCGACACCUUUGCUCGACAGCGUGGCCGACGCGGCGGUCGCGGUGGACGCUCUCGCCACUGUGGACGGCCACUUACCGCAGUCGGCUCCGCUUUCCGCAUCGCAGCCGCUGCCGUGGUGGAAUCGCCACCGCCACACCACCCGAUCGGAGGGCAGUGGCACGCUGGACUUCAGCCAGCGUGGGGGCGAGAGCGGCAACGGCGGUGGCGGACACUCGCCCUGCAGCUCACUCUCCGUCAACAGUGCUCUUGCUGUUGUGCCGGGUGGCCGCGCCGCGUCUCCGGCUUCUCCGGCAACCUCCACCGGCUCUGUGGCCAUCACUGGGUCGCCUCUGGGCCACACAUUGCAUCCAGGCGGCGGCGCAGUGGCGUCAGUUUCGUUCCGGACGAGUGGUGGCAGGGUGCGACGUGAGGCGCAGUAUCCCACGAUACCUGCAAAUGGUUGCCGCUCGAGUGCCUUCAGCAGCAGCAGCGGCAGCACCAACAGCAACGGGGGAGAUGCAGCCCACAGUGGUGCUGCUAGCGCUGCAUUACGUCAUAAGCCGAAUGGCGAGGUGCUCGUCAUGCAGGGGCGCUCAUGCGACGCGGGCGACAGCAGCAGCGCAAAGAGGGUGGCGGGGGAGGAAGGCAUCGCGCAGGCCGGCGCUGCACCUUUGGCAGAGCGCAUGCGCCACGACCACGCCGGCCUACGCGAUGCGUGUAUGCAGACAUGGAAGCGGCAUCCGUGGAUGCCUGUCUUCCCCAGCUCUUCUCGCAGCGCGACGAUGGCAUUGGCAGCCGAAACGGCGCGCGCCGAGUUCGACAGCAAAGGCGUGCUUGACAUGACGGCGCCGGCCCACGCGAUGACCAGCAUCACAGUGGUGCCGUCCACGCUGUCCUUUAUAGAGGCAGAGGUGCAAUCCCUAUGUAAUGCAUCGCCACUUGCCCUCGCCAUUGCCGCUGCAUCCGGUGGAUCGUAUUGUGGCGAAGGAGAGUCGACAUCCGACAAGGAGGCGCUGGACGACGGAGUUGACGGUGACGAGAGAUCGGACGUGGACGUUCCCGCUCCUCUGUCGCUUGGCGUGCAGGCACAUCACAGCCGCAUAGCCAGCAGCGUGAGCAACACCAUCGCCGCUCCCACAAACACUGCUGUAACCGCUGCGCUGGACGGUUUUAGGGAGGCUGAGACGUAUGCUCGCACCUGCGUCGAGGAGAGCGCUACUGACGCGCGGGGUGCGGGGGUGUCGGUGCGGGAUACGCUCCCGACGCAGCACAGGCAGCCGCUUCUGCGGCAGCAGUGCUCUUCCACCACGGCUCCGUUUGUGUUGACCUCUGCCCUGCCUGGAAUGGGCAUGAUGGCGAGCUGGGCUUCUGAAACCAUUGACGGCUUUGCCGGGGGAGCCGGCCCGGGCUCUGGCUGCUGCAGCGGCAGUGGAAAUGUGGCUUCAAUAUCGACCGCCCUUACGACCGCGACCUCCCUCGCCGUCUUGACCUCGCGGGUGUCGUGUGACAGCUUGGUGUCGCCGUCACAGACGUCUGAGCUCGCGCUUAUGCCGCGGCGCAGCGGCGACGCAGCGGACGGAAAUGGCGGCACUGGCACUGGCACUGGCCCGGGCCCUCUUCUCAUGGAUGAGCGUGUCUCUGGUGUGGAGGCGGCUGACUCGAGCGCAGUCACCGGUGCACAUGCUGCUGAGGACGGAGACGCUCAUUACGGACGUGCUGCCACCCACACAGACGCCGGCUUGGAGGUGGAGCACGAGUUGCCGCACCCACCACUCGCCACGAAGCUCAUAUACUCCCACUUCAUGGCAGCGCCUCAUGCCACAUUGCACCGCAGUGUCGACACCCGCUCCGCGGGUUUCACUGUGGGAGUGGACCAGCGCGAUACCGGCCUUGGCGAGCAGAUACCCCUCACGAUGCCACAAAACUCGCCUACGCCAUCCCAGCCGACAGCGUCUUGCACAGCGGGCCCUCCAGGGUCACCAAACCACGUGUUUGCCUGCUCGCCGCUGCUCCUGGACGAAGAGGCUUCUGUAGACACGCGCGCAGCAAGUCGAGCCCAGGCGCGUCCCGACCAUCACUACGGGCUUGUAGUGGCACCCUUGCCGCAUCACGAAGGCUCGACUCCACGCGUGUGCGCCCAGUCGCGCUCGCAGCGCCAACACCGCGGCCCCAGUAUCGGUCAGAUUGUGUGCCGUUGGUGUGGAGAACCAUAUACAAGCGCAGCUGCAUGCCUCGCCGCGCUGCGACCACACAGCGUGCUCCGCAAAGAGCGGCGCAUAGAGAAGGCGGCGAAGCGCACGGCACAGACGCUCUUGCGCGAGGGCCGAGUCACAGAGGCGGUGGCACUGCUAAAGAGCGCUGGUGUAUAUGUGCAAUAA